AUAUAUAUUAAAUGAUGCAACACGGCUUCUAACUCAACUUAAGCAUAGUUGUUUUGUAGGUUUAGAAAUCAGUCAUAGAUAAAUAGUGACUUCUCUGAUGGCUGUUCAAGCUGCAUCUUCCUCUUCCCUUUCUUCCUUUACUCGUUGGUGGAUUUAUGAUGUAUUCUUGAGUUUCAGGGGCGAAGAUACUUGUCAAAAUUUCACAGCCCAUCUCCAUCAAGCUUUGGAUCGAAAGAAAAUAAACACAUACAUAGAUUACAAGCUCCCAAGAGGUGAAGAAAUCUCAGAAGAACUUCUCAAAGCCAUUGAAAGCUCAAGGAUCUCAAUUGUCGUCCUCUCAAAAAACUAUGCGUCAUCCACGUGGUGUUUGGAUGAGUUGAUGAAAAUCCUAGAGUGUAAAAAAAUAAAGCAACAAAAGGUUCUACCAGUAUUUUACGAUGUAAAUCCAACAGAAGUACGACAUCAGAGAGAGGGGUUCGGAAAAGCAUUGGCUAAACUUAAAGAAAGGUUCAAGGAUGAGUCAAAGGUGGAGAGAUGGAAAGCAACCCUAACAGAAGUGGCCGGUUUGUCUGGAUUCACUUUAGGAGAUAGGACCGAACCAGAAUUUAUUCAAGAAAUUGUUCGAGAGGUUUCAAGAUUAGUAAAUCAUAAAUAUUUAAAUGAUGUUGCCAAGCAUCCAGUUGGAAUGGAGUCUAGAGUGUAGGACGUCCAUAAUAAGCUUCAAAGUGUGGGAAUGAAUGAUACACGCAUACUAGGGAUCUAUGGAUGUGGAGGAAUUGGUAAGACAAAUCUAGCUAAAGAAAUCUACAACACAUUUAUCGACCAGUUUGAAAAUUGUUGCUUUCUUGCAAACGUGAGAGAAACUUCAAAGCGUGAGUAUGGUUUAAUUCAAUUGCAAGAGAAACUUCUUUGCGAGAUCCUUGGAGACUCAAGUUUGAAGGUUCGAAAUGUUGAUGAAGGAAUUGGUCUCAUAAAAGAGAUGCUUUGGAGUAAAAAGGUUCUUUUAGUUCUUGAUGAUUUGGAUCAGUCGGUCAAAGUGAAAACCUUACUUGGAGGAUGUGAUUGGUUUGGUUUAGGAAGUAUAGUCAUUAUAACAACUAGAGAUGAACAUUUAUUAACUAGUAAUAAUGUUCAUUUACGAUAUAAGGUGAAGGAAUUGGAUCACGAUGAAGCUCUUCAACUGUUUUGUUGGAAUGCCUUCCAAAACAAAAAUCCUAACCAUGAUUUUGUAGAACUCACAGAAGAUAUACUGCGUUAUGCUGGGGGCCUUCCGUUGGCUUUAAUGGUGGUAGGCUCGAGUCUAUAUGGUAGAGAUAUUCAUUAUUGGAAAAGUGCUUUACAAAAGUACAAAACAAUUCCUCACAACGAUAUUCAUCAAAAACUUAGAAUAAGUUAUGAUGGCUUGGAUGAAUUCGAGAAGAACAUUUUCUUGGAUAUUGCAUGUUUCUUUACAAAAGAGCAAAAGGAAUAUGUUACUAAAAUACUUGAUGGUUGUGAUUUCUUUGCUACCUGUGGCAUCGAAGUACUAGUGGAUAAGUCUCUCAUUACCAUUGAUGAGUGGGGCAAAUUAAUCAUGCAUGACUUACUCAAAGAUAUGGGUAGAGAAAUUGUUCGUCAAGAAUCACUCGAAGAACCCGAGAAACGUAGUAGGUUGUGGUUUCAUGAAGAUGUUCGUCAUGUAUUUGAAGAAACUAAGGGAACAAACAAGAUUCAAGGCAUAUUGAUAGAGUUUCCAAAACAAGAGUUGAUAGAUUUGAAGCCUGAGACUUUCUCGGCGAUGAGAAGGCUCAGGAUAUUCAUAAAUCGUAAUGCACGCUUUUCAAAAGGGCCUAAUUAUCUCUCAAAUGAGUUAAGAGUACUUGAUAAUUGGCACAGCUAUCCUAGUCAUUCUUUUCCGCAAAACUUUCAUGGAAAGAAACUCGUCGUUUUAAAAAUGGAUGAUUGCUUCAUCAAAGAAUUGGGAGAAGGAUUGAAGAAUUUCCAGAAGUUGACUACUAUAAAAUUCUCUAAAUGUAAAUUCCUAACAAAGAUUCCUGAUGUGUCAGGGCUCCAAAGUUUAAAUAGAUUGGACAUUGAGUAUUGCAAUAACUUAGUUGAGGUAAAUCAAUCUAUUGGCUUCCUUGAUAAACUCGUCGAAUUGAAAAUUGUAUAUUGCCAGAGCCUUACUAGUUUUCCAAGCUCCCUCAAGUUGAGAUCUCUAGAAAUGCUUAUUCUUUCUUAUUGUGAAAGGUUGCAGAAGUUUCCUGAAAUUGAGAGUGAAAUGAAAUGUUUAACAUAUGUUAAACUAGAACACAUGACUGCUAUAAAAGAAUUGCCUUCAUCUAUUGGGAAUCUUACUAGCCUUCUGGAUUUACAAAUAAGCGAUUGCUACAAAUUAAGGUAUAUCCCUAACAACAUUCGUCAGUUGAAGCAUCUCCGUUGUCUCAUUCUUGAGGGUUGGUUAGAUGAUCAAAGCCAAUAUCACUUACCCUCCUCCACUGCAGAAUUGUUCCCGUCAUAUACUCCUCCAAUGAAUUCAAUAGUGUUUCCGAAACUAGAUUUAUCGAGAGCUACCUUCUAUUCCACCUUGGAAGUUUUAGAUUUAUCGGGAAGCAAUAUUGUUGUUAUCCUUCCUGAGUGGAUCAGAGGAUUUAUUCUAUUACGGUUACUUCAAUUGUGUCAUUGCGAGCAACUUAAAGAAAUCUUAGAACUUCCUGCAAAUAUAUCUAUGGUAAAUGCUAGGGGAUGCAUUUCAUUGGAGAGUUUUCCUGAAGUAUCAAAUAUGUUUGAAUUCAAUACAAGCAGUCAUAAAAUAUGUUCGAUUAACUUGAGUGGAUGCCAAAAAAUGCUUGUAAAUCCUCUACGGUUUGAGGAAUAUGUAGAGGACCUGGAUGAAGAUUGUGAACUAAUAUUUGCGGGAAAUAAGAUUCCAGAUUUGGACUACCAUUGCAAGCUGAAGAAGACUCGAAAUAGUUAUUUAUGUGAUGGGAUAAAUGUUGAUUUGGUGUAUUCGGAUGAGAUAAAAGGAUUCAUUGCAUGUGUUGUUGUUCUAUCCGAUCCCUCCCAAAUGUACUCUUUCCUCAGUAAUAUGCAUAUCGAUAUCUACUAUAAUGGUGUUUAUCAAUAUACCAGUACGCAUAUAAGAUAUAUUAAUCCAAGUAGCUCAGAUAAUGUGUGGUUGUAUUACCACGAACUAAAAGGAGAGCAUUUCAAAUCAGUGGAGGGAAUUCUGCAACUUAAGUUUGAUGGGGACCAAGGUAGAAUCCCAAUUAGAAGUUUUGGAAUCCGUGUGGUAUGCAAGCAGAAGGAGAUCAAUACAUUACAAGACGUUGCACGUUGGAGUCCUUGUGUUAACGUCCAGCCUUCUUCAAAAUUAAUAAUUUCUGGUUUAGAGAAUGAAAGCGAAGAUGAGAAUCCAAAUGAAGAUUUGGAACUUGGGGUCCAUUUGGUAGAGAAGGAUGAAGAGAAGGCAAGAGAUCAUGAUACCGAUGUGCUCCAUGAAGAUGUUGAUGCCCAUUUUGAUGCAUCCAGUGAAGUAAUUGAAGGUUGGGUAGAUUAUUUAAUGGAUGGUAAGAGGCGUCAUAAUGAAGAUGAUUGCAACCUAGAAUUCAAUUGGCACCCUCAACAAAAGAGGCAGCAUUCCUCAACUAUGGGCAUUAGAAUAACAGAAUUAGAGAAUGACGAUGAGAAUCCAAAGGAAGAUGUGGAUUUAGAGCUUAAAGUUGGGUUGUAAUUAAAAGCCUCCCUUUCCUUCAAGCUCAUGCACUCCCUGAAGAAGCUACAACUUGAUUAUUCUUUGGAAUUUGUCAUCUCUCCUUAUAAUUCAGGUUUUGUGCCACCUUUUGGAUGGAGUUAUUUGGAUUUUUGUGCCUCUUUUGUUUUUAUUUUUUUAUUUUUAUUUAGAUUUUCACUUGAUUUAUGCUUUUGAAAAAUGUUGUGUAAUGUAAUAAUACAUAUUAUUUUUAUUUUUUUGUUUCAUCAAUAAUAAUUUAGAUUAUCACAUUUCUUAACAAUAUUUAGUGACAAUUGAUUCGAGUGAUGUACAGUUAGUGUAAAAUCAAUCAAGGGAUUUGAUUGGCCUCUUAGAUCUCUCUUUUAAUUAAGUUUUUUAGGAGGAUAUCGGUUAAUAUGCAUAUAUUUUUGGGUAGUUUGCUGAUAGAAAUGGGUAAAGAUCAUAAAUUGAUUUAUUAAGUAUUAUGAGCUUGCAUUUGGCUUGAUUAGUGAGUGAAGGUGUUUCUUGGAUCCAAAAAUGAAAAAAUUAAUUAUAAAAUUUAAGAAAAAGUCUAAAAGCCUAGGUAGUUCAUUUGGCCAGUAUAAAAUAGAAACAAGGGGUGCUGAGUGAGGUCAUGGAUUCAAUCCAGUAUGAGUGAAUAAGUGAGGUUCAUCAGCGUGGUAAGAUAAAUACAUGAAAUUAGUCCAAUCAAAUUUAUUCAUGACUAGGUUUCUUUUGGAAAUGGUUGAAUUUUGAUUGAGAUUAUUUUUUGAUAAGUAAAUAAUUGAGGUGAUUUUUUAUCAGAGAGAAAAUCCAUGAGAAGUGAGAAUCUCUUUGUUUUUUGUCUGGACAUGAGUUUAGCUUGGACCACAUGUCAUCACUCCACUUAAUAAUUUUGAUCAGUUGAGCAGUUGCAGAUAAAGAGAGAGUACUUGUAAAGAGAGAAGCUGAAUUAUUAAGGAAUGAGGAAGAGCUUUAAAAGAGAGAGAUAGAUUUGGAAGGAGUUGGGACUCCACAACAAUCAAGUGGAGCUUCAAAGGAAGAAGCAGACAUGUGGCGUUUCGUGUGUAUUGAUAUCAAAGCGAAGCCCCAACUAAUUGGGAUACAUCGACCAACCAGUUGAUGAUUUUGUUAUUAGAUACUUAGUGUUUGUAACAUAGACAAAUUAUUGAAAAAUCUGUUGUUAGUGACUUUAUAUUGUUGUUGAAAGAAAUCGUCGAAUGUAGUACUUUAGUGACUUUAAAAAACUAUGUUAAUUAAAUUGGAUUCGUUUCCACCAAAA